UAACUUUGUAUGGCAACACCAAUGCUGCUGACCGCAAAUUAAGUUUACGCGUGCGAAUUUCAAUUGAUUAUAUUACAUAAUUUUGAAAGCUCUAAUUUAUCGGAAGUAUGCCGAAAAAUAAAGGCAAGGGAGGUAAAAAUAGAAGAAGAGGGAAGAAUGAAAACGAAGCAGAAAAGAGAGAAUUGGUCUUUAAAGAAGAUGGUCAAGAAUAUGCCCAGGUAGUGAAGAUGUUAGGAAAUGGCAGACUGGAAGCCAUGUGCUUUGAUGGUGUAAAAAGACUAUGUCACAUUCGAGGCAAAUUGCGGAAAAAGGUAUUUUGCUUUGAUUUUUAUUAUUAUUAUUUCUUGUUCAACAUUGAUAUUAAAUAAAAAUUUAAACAAUCA